AUGUCUCUAGGAGUUCCUUUCAGGGCCCAAAACGCUAGGUUAGGUCGCACAUGCUUGGUAUCCAGUCUUGAACAUCCUGAGCCUGCUUACGGUUUCAAGAUCUUACAGAAUGAUGCUGUGUCUCGCUUCGGCUACGGUACUGGUAAGCAGCUAGGUAAAACCAGCAAACCCGCUGUUUGUAGGUAG